AUGGCAACGUGCCCAGAGCUGGUUUUCAAUGUGGAUCAUGGCUACCUGGAGGGUUUGGUUCGAGGAAUGAAGGCUGGGAUUCUGACAAGCACCGACUAUCACAACCUGGCACAGUGUGAAACACUUGAUGACAUGAAGCUGCACCUGCAGAGCACAGACUACAGCGGCCUGCUGUCCUCGGCUGACGAGGAUCUGACCGUGUCCUUAGUGGACAGCAAGCUGAGGGAGAACCUCGUGACCGAGUUCAGCUGCCUGCGCUCCAAUGCCCUGCCACCCCUCUCCACCUUCCUUGACUAUAUAACCUACAGCUACAUGAUUGAUAAUGUGGUGAUGCUGAUCACUGGGGCCUUGAAGCAAAGGGAUGUGGAGGAGCUCCUCCCACGGUGCCACCCAUUAGGAGCCUUUGACCAGAUGGCAGCAGUGGGAAUUGCCCGCACCCCCACUGAACUCUAUUCAGCCAUCCUGGUGGACACACCGCUAGCUCCGUUUUUCCAGGAUUCCGUAUCCGAGUCAAACUUGGAUGAGAUGGAAGUGGAGAUCCUGAGAAACAAACUCUAUAAGUCUUAUUUAGAGUCUUUCCACUCAUUCUGCAACAACAUUGGUGGUGCCACAAAGGAUAUCAUGUGCCCUGUCCUGGAGUUUGAGGCAGACAGGCGGGCAUUCAUCAUCACAGUGAACUCCUUUGGAACAGAUCUCAGUAGCGCAGACAGGAGUACACUGUACCCAAACUGUGGGAAACUUCACCCUGAGGGGCUGCGCCUGCUGGCCGAGGCAGAAGACCACGACCAGGUCAAAGCUGUGGCUGACUACUACCCAGACUAUAAAAUGAUUUUUGCCAAUCCCGAGCCAGGAUCAGCAUCCAACACUCUGGAGGACAGAUUCUUUGAGCAGGAGGUGAAGCUGAACACACUUGCGUUCCUGCAGCAGUUCCACUUUGGAGUAUUUUACUCCUACAUCAAGCUGAAGGAGCAGGAGAAUCGUAAUAUUAUCUGGAUUGCUGAGUGUAUCACACAGAGACAGAAGUCCAAGAUAGACAACUACAUCCCCAUCUUCUAG